AUGAAUAGAACUGAAAGUAAUCCAUCAGAUAAGUUGAAAAAUUUCAUUGGUGAUUUGAAAAUUAAGAAUUUGCAAGAUUUAUUAAUUUGUAAAGAAAAUGGUACUUUUGUUGUUGUUGCUUGGUUUGAGUCCGUUGUUGAAGGAAUUGAUGUCUGGUAUCCUGAUAGUUCAGUGAAAGAUAAACCAAGGUUCAGAAUGAAGGUGAUGGUUAAGGAUGGUGAGAAAUUUGCUGUGUUCUGUUUGUUCGAUGAAGAGGUUGAGUAUUUGGCAAUUGAGACCUGUCCAUUGUUGGCUGCAAUGGGAGAGUCCUGUUCACUCUUCCCAUCUGAGAUGGAUUGUAUGUAUGGAGAUGGUGUUUUGUAUAAGGUUGAGAAAAUUGAGUCGGAGAAGGAUCUUGGGUUUCCUCAAUUUAAAGUAAUUUCUAUUUGCAACGAAGUAGUGGUUGUGAAUGAGUUCAUUGAUCAAUAUAUCACUUCUGUCCUGGAUAUUUCCCCUAAAUUGAGCUCUGCUUCAACUUUUUCUGAUGAUUCUUCUGAAGUAUCAAAUUAUUUGGAUUUUUCUGUUCAAUUCCACGGCCAUGGUUGUGUUCCUGAUGUUUCCACUGCUGUUGAUAAUCAUGUUGAUUCAAGCCAUUCCAAAUUGAAAUUGUGUUUGAGUGGUAAUGGCCUUGGUGUUGAUCACACUGAAAAUCUUACUGGUGCCAUGUUCCUUGGAUCUAGACUUGGAAAGCGCAAGAUUCAUGUAGCUUUUGCUAAUGCUGGGAAAGAAAAUGUAGAGAAGCAUUCCAAGAAUGAUAAUGUGAAAGUUGUAUGA